CUAGCGCUCAGAGAAUGAUUAGGCCUACACUAUAUGAAUUGUCAUUGGCUCUCGCUUUCGUGGUAGUCUUGACCAACGGAUAAGGGUCUGACGGUAAAUAUAGACACGAGGUCAUGUGCAGUCUAGACUACGGUUGGUGUACCCCCUCUUAAUCAGGCGGCAAACCCGUUUUUGGUUAGACCGAAUUCUUCUUGAGCACUGAGGGGACAUUUUUCUCAUCACAUACGAGUUGUCAUUUUACUGCGAGCUGUGCGCUGGCGUAGGAUAAAUAUGUCUCACAAAAGUUGUUAUACAAACCCUGGCACAGGGGGGAAGCGACCUCGAAACGACAAGGGGAACAAGGUGACAGUUGUACUUGGUGCACAAUGGGGCGAUGAAGGGAAGGGGAAAGUGGUCGAUUUGUUGGCGACAGAGUCGGACAUCAUUUGCAGAUGCCAGGGCGGUAACAACGCAGGUCACACGGUGGUGGUGGAUGGGAAGGAAUAUGACUUCCACCUCCUCCCCAGUGGGAUCAUCAACUCCAAAGCUGUUUCUGUGAUCGGCAAUGGUGUGGUCAUUCAUCUGCCAGGCUUGUUAGAAGAAGCGGAAAAAAAUGAAAAGAAAGGCCUUAAAGACUGGGAGAAGAGACUGAUCAUAUCAGACAGGGCCCACAUUGUGUUUGACUUCCACCAGGCAGUCGACGGGCUCCAGGAGGUACAGAGACAAGCACAGGACGGGAUAAAUAUUGGAACCACAAAGAAAGGCAUCGGACCAACCUACUCUAGCAAAGCGUCACGUACUGGGCUGCGUAUCUGUGACCUCCUAGAUGAUUUCAAAGACUUUUCUACGAGGUUCAAGAACCUUGCUCAGCAGUACCAGGCCAUGUUCCCCACACUGGUGGUAGAUGUUGACGGUCAGCUGAACAAAUUAAAGGAGUAUGCUGAGCGGAUAAGACCCAUGGUGCGAGACGGUGUCUAUUUCAUGUACGACGCUAUUAAUGGACCCCCUAAGAAGAUACUGGUGGAGGGCGCGAACGCUGCCCUGCUUGACAUUGACUUUGGUACAUACCCAUUUGUGACAUCAUCAAACUGCACCGUGGGUGGUGUGUGUACAGGACUGGGCAUCCCCCCUCUGAACAUUGGUGAUGUGUACGGGGUGGUGAAGGCCUACACCACUAGGGUGGGCAUCGGGGCGUUCCCCACUGAACAACUCAAUGAGGUUGGGGAGCUGCUGCAGACGCGGGGCCAUGAGGUGGGCGUGACCACAGGGAGGAAACGACGCUGUGGUUGGCUGGAUCUGGUCAUCCUGCGUUACGCCAAUAUGAUAAACGGCUUCACGGCGUUUGCAUUAACCAAACUUGAUAUCCUUGAUGUGAUGGAUGAAAUCAAAGUGGGAGUGUCUUAUAAACUCAAGGGCAAAAAGAUUCCCUAUUUUCCAGCUAACAUGGACGUCCUGCAGAAAGUGGAGGUAGAGUACGAGAAACUGCCUGGCUGGAAGAGUGACACCUCAGCCUGUAGGAAGUGGGAAGAUCUGCCAGGCAAAGCCCAGAACUACAUUCGCUUUGUGGAGAACCACGUUGGUGUACCCAUCAAAUGGGUUGGAGUGGGCAAGGGCAGGGAGUCUAUGAUCCAGACGUUCUAGGACACAACAAGACCUUUGUCCUUAUUCUCUCCAUGAAGGUGAAUUGAGGUGGUAUGGCUUUAUCUUCUCUGGUCAGAUUUCUUCUGUUUUGAAAAUGUUUUUGUUUUUUAAGGGGCUGCAGCAGCUGCACAGACCCCAACUCCUGGACUAACAAACAGGUUCAAAUGAGAGUUUGUGCAACCACCAUGCUCUACUAUACAUGGUUCAAAAAGCACAAUAACGUGAGCAAAUAAUAGUUAUAUUGAUUGUGUCACAGUAGUUCUUCUCUGUUGCAAUUUACAAACCAUAAAAUUGUCUUAGGUGAGUUCAAAUAGACUUGUUUCUGUUCCAAUUACGUUCUUUGCACUGAUCCAGCAUUUUCGUCUUUUGUUGAAUAUUGUUUUGAUUUGAUAUUGCCGUCAUGUCAGCUAACCUACGUUGUUUAGACUUGAAUUAACAUUGGCCAGUAUCUGCUGUCUAAUAUAGUACUUGCAUGCUAGAACUACAGCUGAUAUGUCAAACUAUUUUGAACAAUGCAAUGUGCAAUGGCCAGAAUGAGGUAGUUGUAUGACAUGUUGUUGUCAAGGUGGAAGUCAUGUGUCCUGAUACUUGUCCAUUAACUGCAAUACUGUAUUUUGCUGUCCACACUAUGUUGAAAAAUCCCAGGGAACUUGUUAUUUGCUUAUGUGACACAUUUGGUUAUAUAAAACAAAUGUAUUGUUGUAGCAAUUAGAGCUCGUUUUCUAUGGAUUUUUCUGCCAGUCAAAUUGAUUUUUUCCCAGUAAUAGUAUGUCCCCCCCCCCAUUGACACUGUACUGUAACAGCUAAGAAAAUAACACUGUGAUACCUAAGAAGUUUUCUAGUGCAAGACUUUUACAAGUGGAAAUCUGAUAUGCAAAUAAAUCUGCUACAUCACA